AUGGCUUUUUACCUGCUUCUGAUUUCGUUUGUGAUUUUAUCUAUUGAACAUUCUCUGGGGAAAUCAGUCUCCGUGGAUUUAAAUUUAGCUCCUGAAUGGAAAGCUGAGAUAACAAAGAGAGCAUCGGACUACGGUAAUACUAUUAUUUGCAUUACUUUCAGGGUUAGAAACAACAAGGAAAGAUCGAAUUAAGCGUUAUAACCUUGUCAUAAAACCUUUUUGACGAGCUUUUAUUUGAUCGAUAAGCUUAGAUCUAUGUGUGAUGCGUGAACGGGGAACCCUCAAUUUAUUUUGAAUCUUAAAAUCUUAUUAUCGAACAGUCCAAUCGUUGUACGUUGAAAUGUAACAAAUGAUAAGAUAAUUUCGCUUGUAUCAGUUUCAAAUGAAUAUGUUUGAAUUCUUAUUAUGAUUCUGAUGGUUUGGUGUCCAUUUAACAUGUAAUUCACCUGACAAUGUUUUGUGAGGAUUUUGUUUUUUCCCGGUGGGGUGCCAAUUUGAAACUCAGCGGGUAGUAUUUUUUUUAGUUACCAUGUUCAGACUGCCUGUUUUUAUCUUAACAUCUAAGAAACAAAACAAACCAAACGGAAACGAAGAAUGACAGUAAUCGCCUGCUUGCCAUCUUUCUUAGCUUCUGUUCGUUUUUGUUCUUAGCAUCAGGGUAGCUGAAGUUUCCCCCUUUCUGUCAAGUUUGGUAUAGUUCACUUCACCAGCUGUUUAAUUGAUUUCUCUCCACUAGUUAAUCAAAUAAAGACCGGAAGAUAAAAUACUUAUGAACUGACCAUAUUGAUAUCAGGUCUGUCACUAAAGGCCACAGGACCCAGGGAUUUCCCCUUUUUCUGUCAUAGUUAUGUUUCUGCAGUCUUUUGGCAUGUUUUUGAUAGCUGACAAGAUUAUUUUGUCAUUACAGUCACUAAAGGGAAUUUGAUAGUCUUAAGUUCAUGUAAGGCAGCUUUCACACCUGGUGCCCGGACACAGUGCCCAAGAAUGGUACUUGCUGGGCACUAAUGUGAACACAACCUUUUAAUUUUGUAAGUACUUAUGCUAGAAUUCAGGCACAGUGCCAGUACCCAGUAGUACACGGGCACAAAAGACUGGCACCAGGUCACUGUGUGUACACCGUUUUUCUCAGUUCUGGUAUAGUCCACUGCUUUCUACUAGUUGCUAAGCUAAUGUUUCAAAAUGGCAUCGAACAGGGUGAACUGGAGUAACUAUAAACGUACACAGUUACAUAACAGGUACCUUAGGGGUUAACAUGACACUAUUUUUUGCGCCAAUACCUGGGCACCAUGUGGACAUCCACUUAGGCAGGGUUGACACUUGUUAUGUACCUGGGCACAAUACGGUACUCGCUGGGCACUAAUGUGAACACACCCUUUUUUCAAGUAGCCAAGCUAAAAUUUGGGUGUGUACAAGGUCUUGACCUUGUACGUGGGUACAAAAGUGGGCACUGGGUCCCUUUGUGCACACAAUAUUUAUAAGUUCUGGGCAGUCCACAGCUUUGUUCUCGCUGCUAAGCUCAUGUUUCAAAAUGGCGUCUAACAGGGUGAAAUGGAGUAACUACGUACACAGUCAUAUAUCGGGUACUCAAAGUGUGAACACAACACUAUUUUGUGCUGGUAAUCAGGCACCAGUUCCUGGGCACCGUGUGGACAAACCCCUUUAAAUUCUUGUUAAGUUCUGAGCCCCGCCCAUGUUAUAAUUUGGGGACUGGGAUGAUUUCUGUUGAUCAGAUGUGGGGGGAGAUUUGGUUGAUAUUGUGGGGAGUACUACAAAAGAGACAGUCUCCAGAUUUUAGAUCUUUCUCUAGAGAUUUGAGUAUUUGAUGAGAUGCUUGGCCGACAUAGAAACUGUGUUGUUUGAAAAGGAGUCCUGUUGUAGUAUUGAUAAAAGUGAGUUCCAACCCUAACAAAAAGUGUGAAAUGUCAUGAAGAGAAUCAAGGAAGAGGUGUGAACAAGCUUUUUCAAUUUGGUGAGGGAGAUCACUCAGAGAAUAAGGUCAAACAAGUUUGGAUUUAACAGGGACCUGUGUGUCUUUAGUUGCAUUGGCGUUCUCAGCAUUUUCUUGGUAAUAAAAUUAUCCUUUUUGUUGCUUUUGACAGUGCAGCACACUAUUCUUCCAUUUGUUGCAAAAGAACUCAAUGACUUGAGUGUACCAAAUAUCAAUGGAAACAUCAAGACUCCACUGGGGGAUGUACAGUAUGAUCUCUCCAAGUAAGUCUAUAUCCUUGUUUUUAUGAAUGGAAAAGACUGAGGAGAAGAGGACAGGUAUGAUCCUGUUUGAAAAAUUGAAUGCAUCCUUUGAAAAACCGUACAUCUUAUACGCACAUGUUUCAUCGAAGAAGUGGAAUCCUCUAAGAACACAUUUGGGGAAGGCAUUCAGAUUUACUGGCAAGACUUAGUCAUUUUUGGAUGUAGAGCCAAAGAGGAGGAUUAUGCUUUACAAAGGUCUUCAUGGUACUGUCAAUUUUUUUUUCAGGAUCAAGUUAUCAAAUGUGGUAAUUCAAAAGUCCAAUAUGUCUUUGAUACCAGAGCAUGGCUUAAAGCUUCUGGCUGAUCAUGCCGCAGGGAAUGUUGAAGCUGCCUGGCACUAUAAGGAGAGUGCAUGGUAAGCAAGGAGCAACAAUAUGGCUGAGUGGUCAGUAUGUGGGACUCGCACCCUGGAGGUUAUGGGUUGGGAUCCCAGUCUAACCACUGGCUGCAUUUGUUUUUAGUCAAGUUCCAAGUCCACUUCCUCUGCUACAUGCUUGUAAAUUGCUAACCGGUUACCCCCUGCAAGUUGUGGCUUUCAGUUCUACAAAUUUACUUUCUACUGAGAGAUAGUAAUAAAAAAAAAUAAUUAUUACUUAAUAAUAAUAAUGAUAAUAAUAAUAAUAAUAAUAAUAAUAGUACACUUUAUUUAAAGAGGGUAGCACGGAAUAGUUACAGAAACCAGUAAACUUGUGGCUCUCUAUCUAAAUUAAAAUUACAAAAAAAAAACAUAAGGUUCCAAAUAUACAAAGUCUAAGUACAAAAUGAAUAAAACUAAGGAAAUAUAGAAGUUUGUUUUAAUAUCCAACUAAAUUGUGUGGAAACCGGCCAGAGUAACAGUAACAGUCCUUGCGUUUAACGUUGUUUCUUUUCCUGUCUAGGCCGCAUAUUUCUGAUUCAGGAACAUGUGUGCUGUCAGUCAAAGAUCUUUCACUUGGAAUGGCUUUUUAUGUUGACGGUUAGUUAUAAUAUACCCAACUUGAGGCUGAGUCAUCAUGUGAUACAAAGAUAUUACCACAUGCAUCAGGAAUCAUUAUUUGUUUCUGGGAAACUGCCCACCUACCCCUCCCCUAAGGCAACAUUUUGCCCUAACUGAGAAGUAAGUAUUAAUGUUGGCUUAGGGGAGGGGUAGGUGGGCACUUUCCCAGAAACGCAUAAUGAUCCGGCAUGGAUCAUCAGCACAUAAAAAGAAACAUGCUGUUACAAUGGUGCAGUGAUGUGCCACUCAACAGGUUCUGUACCUACAUAUGCUUGUUUCAUCUGUACAUCAGCCCUUAAAAAUAGGUUCAAAGUAAACAUCUUCUCCAGUUUAGGGUUUUGAAGUGCCAUAAUUAGAUCUGACAAGACUAGCGGUGGGUGACUAUUUUAGGGGUGGUGAAUGGUAAAAUCCGAGACUCGCCGAGACGCCGAGAUCCUAGUUAGAAAUCCAAGCCUGAGACUCUUUGGUAAAAAGUUUCGAGACUCAAAAAAGUAAAAACAAACCAUGAAAAAACGAGACUUCGAGACUUAUCAUAAACGCUUCCAAGAUUUCGAGAUCCUGACAAAUUUUCCAAGACCCAUGUUUUUCGAGGUACCAUUCACCACCCCUUAUUUUUUUCUUUUUUUGGCUAAAAGGUGAUUUGGAGACAAAGGAUGCCAAGGUCAGUGCAAAGGAUUGCUCAAUAAACAUCGGCACCUUACAUGUCAAAUUCAAAGGAGGAGCAAGGUAAUGACCAAUAAUUUGUUUCUCAUUGGAUUUUCGACAAAACAAAAUUAAACUAAAUAAUGUACAGUUAAAUAACCUACAGUUCUUGUCUUUAAGAUCCUGGUGUGAGGGAAAUUUGCCAGUCUUAGCUAUCUACCCUCAAAAUAAUAAUCUUAAUAUCUAACUGCCCUCAUUGUGGUCACCCAUGGGACUGUGAGUGGGUGUCUGUAGUCGUUAAAGCCCUUAGUGGCACUUAAUUUCUUUCAAACGGUAAUAGCGAGGCAUUUUCAAUACAAGUAUACAGCCACUGUACUUAUGAGCUUUUUACAGCUGGUCAGUCAUGUUGUACAAAUUAAAAUACCAUGCUGGAAAGCAAAAAAAAAAAACAAAGCCAGGGUUUUCAUUUAGAAUUCUAGUAGCAGGAGGAGGAUGUAAUGUUACCAGAGAAUAUUUUGAAAGCGUCUCCAUGUCUGAAAAAUAAAGCGUUCUAGGCUACCAAAUAUUAGCCAGAAAAUUAGUGCAGUAAACAGAGAAUUUUCCAAUGUUCAAUGCCUAAUGACCACUCUGAACAAACCACUGUGAUGACACAAAGAAAACUAGCAUUUUAAAUGAUGUGAGCUCUCUGUUUGUCUUAUGGCAGUGUGUCCCUUGCAUUCUAGCAUGAUGUUUCUGACCAGCUGCAAAGUAUGCCUAUUGGUCUAUAAUUCUACAAUGAGGAUUCAUAGCUUUAGACUUACCGGUAAUUCUAGUCUUCAUUGAUUUCAACUUGUUCCAGAAACAACAAAAAAAAGGUCUAUAUACAAUUACCCACAAAAAAGUGCAGGGUAAUUUAUUAUAAACAUGAGAAAGGUUAAAAUAAAAUAAUUGAUUUUCUCUGCAGCUGGCUUUAUAACAUGUUUGCUGAUGGACUGGCAUCACACCUCAAAGAUCAACUGACCAAACAGGUUAGAAAUUCCAUCAAUUAUUUUAAUUUGAGAUAUUUUUGCUAAGUGGUUUCCUUGUGAAAGCUUAAAAAAUAAUAGGAACCAAUAUAAACUCUGUUCUCUGUUCUAUUUCUCACAAGUCAACAGAUGUAGACAAGAAUCAGACACUUGCACAAAUUUAGUAAAGAAGCUUUGGUUUAAAUUUCUUAAUUAAUUUUUACUAUUUUUCUGAUAAAGAUAUGUGACGCAGCUAUCAACAUGAUUGACUCCAAAGCUACCAAGACGCUGAAUACAUUUCCAAUGAUUAUGAGGAAAUUUGCCACGGCAUAUAUGCAUUAA